AUGGACCGGGAUCUGAGUACCGACGUCGAACACAUCAACAAGGCUCAGAAAACACCCUCUCUCGAUGGCCAGCCUCACACUGAAAUCACGUCUGCGAAGACUCGACCUCAAUCCCACGAAGAUAUGCACAGCAGGGCCCACGAAGAGCAUAACAACGAGCACUACAGAAAGUGCGAUAUUUUGGGCAAGCUACCCCUAGAGCUCGUGCUUCUUGUUACAGGGUCCUUAAAACUCUCAGAGUUCCUUCACCUUCAGAGAGUAUCACGCCGAUGGACCCAGGUCCUAUCCCCGCGCUCGGUACGUUUGGAUGCACUUCGAGCCACAUUGGGAGACUCUGUGUUAGCCUCAAUCAAUAGCUUGGAAGAUGAUGCAGCCGACGCAACCCUCCUUUCUCUCAUGAAGAGAAGGGUUCGGCUGGAGCGGGGAAUCCCAGUUUGUAGCUAUACUGCCGGAUACCUGCCAAGUUCGUUGGUAAAUGGUAUGAGCUAUUCGAACGGUACAUGUGCAUGGAUCGAUUGGAAUGCCGAAUCUAGCCACCGAAAUACCAUCAAGCUCCUGGAUUUAGAGAGUGGCAUGAGAACACAACUGACCACAGGAGGGGAGACCGGAACAGAGACCCAUCUGGUGGUUCUUCGAAUAUCGAACACGCUCAUUGCAGCUACUGCAGAGAAUGGGCCUUGCCAUGUUUGGCGUCGCAGCACCUAUGAGCACAAGUUCUUUCAAAUCCCAUCGAGGCACGGCCUUCCCGUCCAUGUUGUGAUCAACGGAACUAAGGUCAUAGUCACUUGGGUUCAUCUUUCGGGAAUUGCACAACCACAUAAAGGCGUUCACUGGUGCUUUGAUUCAGGCGUCGUGCGGAGCUUUGACAUUGAAAGUAGUGUGGAUCUGUUGGUGCCACAUCCCCAGGAAGAUCAAUUCUCGCUUUUUAGUUUAUCAUUCGACCCUUUGACAGAGCCGCAACGGCGCGUUUUCUCAUUGCACGCCCAGAAGUUUGCCCUCGACAGUACUGACAGAUUCAAUUUGAUAUCUUCACGGGAUGAUGCUCUUCCCACAGAGUUAGUCGGCAGUCUAUGGGCUGAGAGGUGGACGGGGACCCCUCCGACAUGCCCUGGCCAAGCUAGCGCUUUCUGGAUUCGGCAGAGGGGUACUUUUGACCUCCUCUAUCUCUCCUAUGAGCCAGAGACCGACCAGGUUGUCAUCAACACGCUGCCAAAUCCUGACGCCAUCCAAUUUACCUACUCUACCAUUGUCCACGUUGAUAAAGAUGUGGUCUAUGGUGUAAGCAUGGACCAUGGCAAGGUUUUGAUUCUGGGCACUGAGAUGAGGAGCGAUUCGGAUCCCUCUGCGCCCGUUGUGUGGCAUUAUCAUUCUAUCCGAUACCAGCAGACCCUCAAAGAAUGCCGCUGGAUGUCCGGAGAUCAGCGAUUCGUGGUCUAUGCCCGCCAACGUCAACUGAAGGUGAUGGUCUUUGAAGAUUCCUUCUCAAAGUAUCCUGCAACUUUACGUUAG